UGCGCCAUUUCCGCCUCUCCGGCCGCGAUGUCGCCGGGACCCUGGUGGCUGGUGCUCUGGCUGCCGCCCCUGGCCACGCUGCCCGCGGGCGCGGUGCGCGAGGAGGAGGCGGCGAUGUCAGUUCCAAGAUGUAAAUCUCUGAAGGAAAUGGACUUAAUUAAAACUUCUGUGUCAGACUGUUACUGCUACAAUCAAAAUUCACAAAUAGAGUGGAUGUAUGUGUGGUCAACUGUGCAGGUGACAGUUAGCAGUUCAGACCUGCUCAGAUUUGUAUAUGUCACAGGAAGUCAUAAUUGCCAGCAUCCAGAAACCAUCCUGUCAUUUAUCAAAUGUGUGGCUCAUAACUUUUGGGUACCAGAGGAGUCUAAGGAAAUGACCAUGGUCUUCAGUCCAUAUGGAGAAACUGUAUGCUUCUCUGUGAAGCCCAUCGGGAGGGUGUUCACCUACUCAGUAAGCGUGGACCGAAAGAUUGUGGAUUUCAAACUCUUCCUUGUGUUUGUGACAGGCAUCUUCCUCUUCUUUUAUGCAAAGACCUUGAGCCAAAGCCCUGUCUUCUAUUACUCUUCGGGUACCGUGUUAGGUGUUCUGAUGACGCUAGUCUUUGUCCUUCUGAUGUCGAGGAGAUACAUUCCAAAGCAUAGCACAUUUGGGGCGCUAAUGGUUGGUUGCUGGUUUGCUUCAGCUUAUGCUGUGUGCCGGUUGAUGGAAGAUCUGAAGUGGCUGUGGUGUGGACACAGAGUGUAUGUGUUAGGCUAUGUCUUGGUCGUCGGACUGUCUAGCUUUGCCACCUGUUACAGGCAUGGGCCUCUCACUGAUGAGUGGAGCAGAGGCCUUCUGAUGUGGACGCUGCGGUUCUUCUCCCUGGUCCUGGUCUACGCUGGUGUGGCCCUUCCUCAGUUUGCCUAUGCCGUUAUGGUCCUCCUCCUGUUCUCCUGGAGUCUGUGCUACCCACUGAGAGCACUCGGUUAUCUGAGGUGGAAAGUGAGGCAGUGGUUCACAACGGAACCGCUGAUGGUGAGGUACCUCACGGACGACGAGUACAGGGAGCAAGCUGAGGCAGAAACAACCAGCGCUCUCGAGGAGCUGCGCCGUGCCUGCUGCAGGCCCGACUUCCCUUCCUGGCUGGCUGUCUCCAGACUCCAGGCUCCUAAAAAAUUUGCAGACUUUGUUCUCGGGGCGAGCCACUUGUCACCGGAAGAAGUCAGCACACACGAAAAGCAGUAUGGCCUUGGGGGCGCCUUCUUGGAAGAGCAGCUCUUUAGCCUUCCUACGGACAGUCUCCCCGCAAGUUGACUUCAUUCUGAA